UGCCCUUAAUUCUCGUACCAGUUUCACAUUUUCACUCCCAAAGUUCCUCACCUCUUUCUUUACCACCAUCUUUGAUUACCCACCAACCCAAAAGGAACCCUGAUCAAGUUUCUCUAGUAAAAAGCUUUCCUUAUUUACAAUUUACUUCCACCACAUCAUUCUAAUCACACUCUCUUGUGAGUCCCAUUUCGCUCAUAUAGCUUGAGAAAAGCAAAUUGGCUCAACACAAUAGUUCAAUAGUUCUUCUUCAAUUCAAGAAUCUUUCUCAGUAGCUGCACAAAAUGUCAGGUGGGAUUGGUCCAACUGGCUAUGAUAUUAGCCUACCAAAAGAACAAGAAGUUGAGCACAAAGAAGAGCAAGAUCACCAAUCACUCAAGAAUAAUCUCAACAAACCCAUCACCACAAAACGCAAAGCUGGUUUCCUCUCUUUCCGCCAGCUCAAUUGCCUUGCAGUGGUGAUUGUCUUAUCAGCCAGUGGCAUGGUUAGCCCUGAAGACUUUGCUUUUGUGGUCUUCUCCAUAAUUUACAUGUACUUCAUAUCAAAGGUGGCUUUCCCAUCUCUUCACCCAUCAAGAGAACAACUAGUUUUCAACCCUCAAAACAAGCUCCUUCGCCUUUAUGUGUUCAUAGGGGCCAUCAUUGGACUUUAUGCCCCCAUAGCCUAUAUCUUAGAGGGAAUAUUUGAGGGUGAUAAAGAAGGGAUUAAAGCAGCUGCACCCCAUGUUUUUCUUUUGGCCAGCCAAGUUUUUAUGGAAGGAGUGGCAUUCUCAGACAGGUUCUCAACUCCAAUAAGAGCUUUUGUGCCUGUGUUUUAUAAUUCAAGGAGGAUUUUCACUAUUGUGGAUUGGCUUAGGAGUGAGAUUUACAAGAUCAAUGAAGAGCACAGUGGUUCUGAGAGGAGGAUCUAUGUUGGAAGAGCACUUGCAGUUGCUAAUAUGGCCUUCUGGUGUUUCAAUUUAUUUGGGUUCCUGUUGCCUGUUUAUCUUCCAAAAGUUUUUAAGUUGUAUUACUCUUUCCACAAACUGAAGGACUGAGAUCAAGGAGGAUUAUUUAUGUUUUCAUAGAGUAUGUAUGUAAUUUUAUUUUGUUGUAUAAGGUCUUGAACCAUAAUUCCAUGCUAGUUGUUGGAUGAUGUUUAAUUACUUAGUAAUUGUAUUUGGCCGUAGAGAUAUAUAUAUAUACUCUCCUUUAUGGCAUAUGUUGUUAUUAUUAUCAUUUUAUUUUGGAAUAGAAAUACUAUACCUAUCUUUUUUCA